AUGGCCGUCCGCGCGGACGUCGGAUUCGAGAAAUUUGUUGCCCGAGAGAAAUUUUUGACAGCCGAGGACGGGCGGACGGGUAGUUUUUCGAGCCCUGUAAGCUAUAAUUAUUUUUUUUAUUUAGUACUCAAACCAACACAAAGCUAGCCAACCUUUACCCUCAGGAAUUGUGGGCCCAUGCCUAUUGGGCCUAGGCGAUAAUCAGGCCCUGGAUGGGAAGAGUUGGGGUGAGUCAGCAGUUUUGGUUCUAAAUAGAAGAAAAAUGCAAUCGCUUGGUAUCAAAUUUUUCCAAUCGCCGUCUUUUCUUAAAGGCACGAUAAUGAUUCAUGCUUCAAAUCUGAGGAUUCCAGUUAAAAUGGACACCAUGAGUGAUAGAAGCACAGAAGAGGUCAUUACUUGUUAUCUUGAGGAUGAUGAUACAUGGAGGAGACGAUUCCCGAGAGCUGAGCUGUGCGUUGCUGGAUCGGCUUUCGGCGGCUUCUUUAUAAUUUCUGGUAUCAUCAUCAUCACCCUUCAUUACACCCUGGAAUCCAGGGAAGGGUUCCACUCCUUACUGGAGCACAUGAAGAUCGCCUCUCAUUUUCUAGGAUUCUCAUUCCUCAUUGUGGCAGCUGUCCUCUUUCUGGGUGGACUCUUUGCCUAUGCUGUUUGGAAGGUGAUGGAAGUAGUAGAAAUGGCUAACAGAUACAGAGAGCACAGGGAACUGUGUGCGUAUGAAGACCUGCGGCAAAGUUUCAGGUCGCAACAGAGUAUGAGAAUUGAUAAGUGCCUAGUGGACAUUGGUAAACAACUUCCCCAACAACAGAAAUAAA